GGAAGCGGAAGCGGAAGCGGAGGCGGAAGCGGAAGCGGAGGCGCGGCCAUGCGGGCACCGGGGCCGUGCGCGGAGUGCGGGGCGGGGGGCGCGGCCCGGUACCGCUGUCCGCGCUGCGGCAGCGCUUACUGCUCCGUGCCGUGCUGCCGGAGCCACCGCGAGCGCUGCGCGCCCGGCGCCCGGCGGCGGGAGGAGGCGGCGGCCGGGCACGGAGCCCCCGCGGGCGGCACCGGAGCCCCGGAGGACAUCCCGAGCGAGGAGGAGGAGCAGGACCGCGUCCCGCCGCAGAGACUGCAGCUGCUGGGAGAGUCGGCGGAGCUGCGGGAGCUGCUGCGGAACCCGCACCUGCGGCAGCUGCUGCUGGCCCUGGAGCGCGCCCGGGACAAAGGCUCCCUCCUGAGGCGGCUGAUGCAGGAGCCGCUGUUCCUGGAGUUCGCCGACUGCUGCCUGGCCAUCGUGGAGCCUCCCGAGGAGAAGGAGAAGGAGAAGGAGAACGUCCUCCCCGCGUGAGCUGCCGGGGAAUCGGUCCGGUUUCAUUUGCCCUGCACGGUUUUAUUCUGGGAGCUUCGCCAGUGCGUGUGCACUGUGCUGUGCCCGUGUGUCAGGGAGUGCAGCCUGGGGCUCACAGACAGGGGCAGGGCUGUGCUGGGACUCGUUUUUACAUCCUGGGGGUUGGACUGGGAGCUCUGUGGAAUGCUUUGUUAGCACAGAAAUGCUGGCAGCCACGGGGAAAUGUGACUUCACAGUGACAAUAUUAAAUACAUCUGCAUUUAUUAUAACCCA